UCUGCUUUCACUUAUUGACGCAAGGUUGACUGUAUCUGUAUAAACAUUGCAUUUAACAUUGCUUGUUUAAAAUUUCCUGCUGAAGAACUUAAGAUGAACAAGUCUGAUAGGUCACAUUGUUUGUCAGUUUGCUUCAACCAGGGGGGUCAGAAUCUCUAAACCCCAGUCAUGAGCUCAAGACAAGCAACCAGUCUUUAGAUCACAUGGAGGAAUUUAAAGGAUCAAGUUUAGAACAGCAGGUGAGAUCUGCUUCUCCAAACCCCAGCCAUGAGUCCAUGAAGAGCAGUCAGUCAAUAAACCCUCAACAGGGUUUUAAAGCAUCCAGUUUACUUCAGCAAGGAGGAUCAGACAACAGUUGUGAGCUCAAGACCAGCAACCAGUCUCUGGAUCACCUGGUGGUUUUUCAAGGGUCUAGCUCAGCACAGCAGGUGAGAUCUGCUUCUCCAAGCCCCAGCCAUGAGUCCUUGAAGAGCAGUCAGUCAAUAAACCAUCCACAGGAUUUUAAAGGAUCCAGCUUACUUCAGCCAGUUGGAUCAGAUUCUCCAGUACAUGAGCUCAAGAGUUCAAUUGAGCCUCUGGCAGAAUUAAGCAUUAUCAGAUCUAUUAAAUCAAGGAACCAAUUUCAGUGUUUGCAUGAAGAAACAUCAAACAGACUCGUACCUCUGGAGGACACCUAUACUGAGCUUUACAUCACAGAAGGUGGAUGUGGAGAGAUCAACACUGAACAUGAGGUGAGACAGAUUGAAGCAGCGUUCAGGAGAGCAGCGAGAGAGGAGGACAGACCGAUCAAAUGCAACGAUAUCUUCAAACAUUCACCCAAACUUGGCAGACCCAUCAGAACUGUGCUCACGAAGGGAGUCGCUGGCAUUGGAAAAACAGUCUCUGUUCAGAAGUUCAUUCUGGAUUGGGCUAAAGGGAAAGAGAAUCAAGAUGUUCACCUCAUAUUUCCACUGCCUUUCAGAGAGCUCAAUCUGAUGAAGGACCAAAAAGUUAGUCUCAAGGACGUUCUUCAUAUUUUCCUCCCAGAAUCAAAACAAUUGGACAUAUGUAGUGAUAAAUAUAAAGUGUUGUUCAUCUUGGAUGGUUUGGAUGAGUGUCGUCUGUCUCUGAAUUUUCGCAGCAACUUGAGGAUGUGUAAUGUCAAUGAAUCGGCCUCAUUGGACGUGUUGCUGACAAACCUCAUCGCGGGGAAUCUGCUUCCUUCUGCUCUCAUCUGGAUCACCUCCAGACCAGCAGCAGCUUAUCUCAUCCCUUCGGAAUGUGUGGAUCGUGUCACAGAGGUACGAGGCUUAAGCGACCCGCAGAAGGAGGAAUACUUCAGAAAGAGAAUUAAAGAUGUGAAUCUGGCAAACAAAAUAAUCUCACAUCUUAAGUCAUCGAGAAGUCUUUACAUCAUGUGUCACAUCCCAGUGUUCUGCUGGAUUUCUGCCACUGUUCUAGAGAGAAUCUUGAGCGAAGUUGAGAAUGAAGGGAUCCCCACGACUUUAACUCAAAUGUACACACAGUUUCUCCUCAAAAGCAUAAAACAUGAGAAGGAUUAUGAAAGAAAGAUUAAAGAUGAAGACAUGAUUCUUAAACUUGGGAAACUUGCUUUUCAGCAGCUCGAGAAAGGGAAUUUAAUCUUCUACGAGGAAGAUCUCAGACAAUGUGAUAUUGACGUCCAAGAAGCGUCUGUGUUUUCAGGACUGUGCACUCAGAUCUUCAGAGAACAAUCAGGACUGUUUCUAGGAAAGGCUUACUGCUUCAUCCAUCUAAGUGUUCAAGAACAUCUUGCGGCUCUAUACGUGUACCUCACCUUUAUAAAUGAAAAUGUACAUGUAUUACACAUUCCGAGUGGUUUGUUUAACAGACUGGGUUGCGCGUCCCCUUCACAUGAUUCAGCAUCUACCCUGUAUCAAAGAGCAGUGAAUAAAGCUCUGCAGAGUCCCAAUGGACAUUGGGACAUAUUUCUUCGCUUCUUUGUGGGUUUCUCACUGAAGUCCAACCAGUCGCUCUUACAAAAUCUAUUCACAGAGCCAGAAAGACUCUCAUGCAGCAAAGAGAUAGCCCAGCUGAUCAAGACGAAGAUUAAAGAAAAUCUGUCCCCUGAGAAGUCCAUCAAUCUCUUCCACUGUCUGAAUGAACUGCAUGAUCAUGAUCUAGUGGAGGAAGUUCAGAAUUAUCUUAAGUGUGGCUCAGUAGUCAAUAAAACACUCUCACGCUCUCAGUGGUUGGCAUUGGUUUUUGUCUUGCUGACCUCAGGACAAUCUCUUGAUGUGUUUGAUUUAGACAACUAUGUUGAGAAACACAUUGCAGGAAAUGCAGCAAUUCAAUGGCUACGACCCGUGAUUGAAGCAUCGAAAACAGCAAGACUUUGUGAACAUAGCCUGACACUGAAAGACUGUGCUACUUUGGUUUCUGUCCUCACCUCAAAGACGUCAUGUCUGAGAGAACUGAUCUUAACAGACAGCAAUAUAAAGGAUGCAGGAGUGAAGCAUCUCUCUACAGGACUAGCGAAUGCGCAGUGUCAGCUGGAGGCAUUGAGGCUGAAGAGCUGUAGUAUCACUCAUGAAGGUUGUGCUGCCCUGGCUUUAGCUUUAAGAUCAAACCCCUCGCACUUGAGAGAGCUGGAUCUGUCAGGAAAUUCAAUAAGAAUGUCUGGGGUGAAGCUGCUCUCAGAUGAACUGAGGAAUCCACUUUGUAAACUUGAAAAAAUAAUGUUGAGAAAUUGUGGUAUCACACAUGAGGCUGAUGCUGCGCUGGUUUCACUUCUAAAUUCAAACCCCUCACACCUUAGAGAACUAAAUUUGUCCAAGAAUAAAUUAGGAGAUUUAGGAAUAAAACUGCUUUCGGAUGCAUUGGGGUCUACUAACUGUGAACUGAAGAUAUUACUGCUGGAGAAUUGCUCUAUCACCCAGGAAGGUUGUGCUGAGCUGGCUUCAGCUCUGAUAUCAAACCCUGUUCACCUGAGAGAACUGGAUCUUUCUUCGAAUAAACUUAAACACAAUGGAGUAAAGAGACUCCUUGUCAAUCUGGAGAGCUCUGGUUGUAAUCUCGAAAUUCUAAGGUUAGAUAAUUGUGGUGUCACAGAUGAGGGAUGUGCGGCUUUGGCUUCGGCAUUAAAAUCAAGCUGCUUAAACCUAAAAAAGAUGACUCUUAACUGGAACAAAAUUGGUGACUCAGGAGCGCAGCCACUUUUUACUGCUUUGGGAGAUCCUAACUGUAAAUUACAAGUUCUGCGACUGAGAGAUUGCAAAAUUACAGACAAAGGGUACGAGGCUCUGGCUUCAACUUUAAAAACAAACCCCUCACACCUGAAAGAACUGGAUCUGUCUCAGAAUAAACUGAGUAACCGAGGAAUAGAACUUCUCUCUAUUGCACUGGCUUAUCCUAACUGUAAAUUGGAGAUCCUCCGUCUGGAAACAUGUGGCAUCACAGAUAAAGGUUUUGCUGUUCUGGCAUCCGCUCUGAGAUCAAACCCAUCACACCUAAGAGAGCUCGAUCUGUACAUGAAUAAACUUGGAAUUUCAGUAGAGCAGCUGAUCUCUGAUAUGAAAGAUGAUCCAAUAUUUAAACUAGAAAUAGUAAAAUAUUAACAGUGUCCCCUGCUGUCUGCUGUUUUCUUCCAAAUAGCCUACAUUUCCAUCAGUGAAGAGAGGGACAAACCUACAAUUGCUCUUUGGACUUUGUAACAUUUAAACACAUGUACAUUUUUUGAUUUUAUUGUAUUUCUCUUACAUGUUUUGUAUUUGUCAUGUUAGUUUGUAAUAUCUAUCUGCACAUUGUAGGCAACUUUAAAUAUAUUUGUCGUGUUUAUUUCUUGUUCGUUUGUCCCGUUUAAAGUUUUCUAAUACACUGUAAGCCCGAACAGUACUACUAGCUUAUAAAGACUGAGGUCACUACAGUUAAAAUCUCUUGCUGAGUUCAUCCACCUUUAAACUAUUAAUGUCUAUGAACAAAUAUGUAUUUUUAUGUUUGUGUGUCUCAGCAUUUUUGAGGGAACACCGCUGGUUCACUCACUAUUUUUAAGUGUACCGUUGAUCACGUGAUAUGACGUCAUGACGUGCGGCGCUUACUGACGUUACCAGAAAAAUCGAUCCAAGAUGGCUACCCUCUCGAGUGACGUUGUAUGAAGCAACUUGUUGUGGAAGAAGUGCAGUGAGCAUCCCCCAAAACCAAGAUCAAUUAUUUUAGGCAGUCAGCAGUGAAUGUAUGGACACUGAAGACUUUGAUCUUUUUUGCAAACAGACCUACAUUGUCACCAGAGAGCAACUUUAUCUGACCAACUUACUCCAAAUAUUGAACAAGUCUGACCUUUCUGUGGUAAUCACACAUUUCAGAUGCAGGAACAUUAACUAUGUUAAGUUUAUAAGUAGUGAGCCUGAAGCACAAGGAAUUUUAGUGGUCAAAUGAUUCAAUGGAGUGGAAGUGCAAGUUGUGUGCUGUCACCUCAGACACCCGGGCCCAUUUAUUUAGGCACUACCGUUUACAGCAUAGUCAGUAUUCAAGAGUUAGCCCUUUGCCAUGUCUCCACAACUCUUGUAUUUGUUCAUUUGCAUCAUUUAAUGCAUUGAAAAUUCAUUUAUCACGUGUCCACCAAGACGCAUGCAGAACUGGUGCAGGUGAAAGAGCACAACUAAGACAUACACUUUUUAACUGUCCAUUGUGUGACUUCAAACAGCCUUUCUCAGAGGCGACACUGUUCAGGCAUUUAAGGGGACAUUUAAAAAACCAUGAGAAUGUACCAUGCCCAUUUAAGGACUGCAACUACCGCACAAAUGUCUAUUCAUCAUUUAAUGCACACAAAAGUAGGACACAUGAAAGCAGUUUAAACUUUUGUGAUGACAUUGUAUCAACAGAGAAUGAUAGUGCACCAGUCAUAAACACUGCUGUUCUUGAGGACGAGGAUCCUGCUCCGUGUCACCAUGCAGGCACAUCUGCUUCUCCUGAGUCUGACAGUUACUGUGAAACCAGCCAGUUAAGGGCCCAGUUACACCAUAAUUUGUCCUCCUUGUUCUUGAAGAUGCAAACUGUUCUUCAUGUUUCUGACAUGGCAUCUCAGGAAAUAGUUGAUCACCUGACUCAGAUAUUUUGCCUGUCUCAACCACUUGUCAAAGAUACUAUACAAGAGAUACUACAGAGGCAUCAUGUCUCUCCUACUGAAGCAAUCAUGAAUGAUUUGGUGAAUGCUGUUAUGGACACAAAUAUUUUUGUCAGUGCCACAGCUAAAGGUGAGGAGUUGUCCUCAAUUAAACGAAGAAAAACAUUUAUUGAGAAGAACUACCCUGUGGUAAUGCCAGAGCAGUAUGUAUUAAAACCUGGGUGCACAGUGGUUUAUGUCCCAAUACUUGAGAUGAUCCAGAAAAUGUUCAAACAUACUGACAUCCUUGACAGAAUCAAUGAAACCAAGAGCUCAGAAAAAGGCCAUUACAUGAGCCAUCAAGAUGGGUCAUAUUUCCAAGAUAAUAAUUUGUUGUCUUCUUCAGAGCUGUCACUGCCACUGAUUUUGUACAUUGAUGACCUUGAAAUUGCAAAUCCACUAGGCACUUCAAGGAAAAUCCAUAAACUCUGUUCAGUGUACUGGGUGGUUGCUGAUUUGCCAGUUAAAUACCGAUCAGCGCUGCAUGUGAUUCAGCUAGCAGCACUAUGCAAGGUACCUGAUCUGAAGAGGUGUGGCUAUCAAAAAGAUACCUGUUGAGUUGGCCCUAUGUAUUAAGGAGAUGAUUCGGCUCAAAUAUUUUACUCUUGAGUAUUUGAACUGGAAAAUUGUGUCAUUCCCGUACCAACACACAGACAAGAUUGAUAAACCACGACCUAUUUCAAAGAACUUCGCUGCAAAGAGGACCAUUGGUGGCUAUGGCCAUGAAAAUAGCACAUUGGUGAGACUACUCCCAUUGAUGAUUGGUAAUACAGUCCCUGAGGGAGAUGGUGCUUGGACUGUAUUGAUGGAUUUGAAAGAUGUUGUGGAGCUUGUUUUGUCCCCAACGUUUGAUGACGCAUCUAUCCAGUAUUUGCAGACUAAGAUACAGGAUCACAGACACAUGCUUCAGGAGGUUUUCCCAGAGUUCGCACUGCUCCCUAAACAUCAUUAUGUUGAACACUACCCAGAUCUCAUACAGUGUUUUGGGCCUCUUGUCCAUUUGUGGACUAUGCGAUUUGAGGGCAAACACCGCUUUUUCAAGCGUGUAGUACAUGACACACAAAACUUUAAGAAUGUUUUGAAAACACUAGCGACUAGGCAUCAGCACAUGAUGGCCUACUAUCUCAGUGCACCAUCAUUCUUUAAACCACAUCAGCAGACAUCAAAUGUCUCCUCUGUCUUGGUUUCAGAGCUUCCUGAGGUUGCAAAAGAACACAUUAAGCAAAAAACAGACAGCAACCUGAUUUACAGCACAUCAAAAAUCAUUAUUGAUGGUACUGAUUAUGAUGUUGGGAUGUUUGUAUCUGUGGGGCAGGAAGGGGGACUGCCUCGGUUUAGCAAAAUUCAGCAGAUCCUCCUUGUUAACAAUGAUGUCACUUUUCUUUGCCAAGGACACAAAUCACAGUACAUUGAACACCUGAGAUCAUAUGAACUUUACCCAGGCAAUGUAACUGUCCACAGUGUAUCAGAGCUCAAUGACAACUCACCCCUCUCUGCAUACAGUGUAGAAGGAAAAUUGCUGUUGACGCCAAAACGAUUCAUACUGUUGCACUGAAAGUACAUUUGCAUCUUGUGAUUUAAAAAAAUGCUUAAAUCAUAUUUUAACAAAAGGGUAAACUUCCAGUAUGUGUGGGUGAUAAUUAGCUGUUACAUUUUUGUAUGCACUACUAAAUCUGCUUAUUUUUCCAUGUCAAUCUUCAUACAUAGAUUUGUCCCUCAGAAGAUGGCAGCAACCCCAACAUUUCUGCUGCGUGUUUCUGUUACCACAGAUGUUGCUAUAAAGGUAACUUUGACUAAGCGACCAGAGUCUGUGAAAGAACUAAUCAACAUACUGCGAGAAAAAGCCAA